GCAGGACUCCAGUCUGUGGGCUCAACCGCGCCUAACCCCGGCUACAGAGUUUUACAACAAAAGACAACAACUUGGAAAGUAUUUUUCCGUGGAGUUACGAGAGAAUUUAACACUGGCCGAGAGGAGAACAAAGGGGAGGGACGGUCUGAUGGACUCUGGGAUGAGAUAGCGCUCAUAACUAACCCCAUCUCCCCAUCCUUCCCCGUCGGACGCACGGUUCUUUUUCUUCCCGGGUGAUGCAUGUAACUCUUUUAUGACUGACUGGGCUCUGAAGUAUUCCUGCAGCUGACCAAGUGCUCAUAUAUUUCUGGAGAUUAUCAGCGCACGAAGGUAUUCCGCAACCCGCAUCCUCAGGCUUCGGUGAGGGGGCUCGAUCAGCUCAGCGGGACAUAGCGCUGUGUUCAACCGGCUGUUUCCUGUAGAGUCAGUGUUGGUGCAGUCAUGUGGCAGAGGAUUCAGAUUUGUUGGGCACUGUUUGCACUGUAUUCAGCGGCACCGCCUGCCCACAUCAACCGCCUGGCGCUGUUCCCUGACAAAAGCGCCUGGUGCGAGGCCAAGAACAUCACACAGAUAGUCGGGCACACAGGAUGUCAGCCUCGCUCUAUUCAAAACAGAGCUUGUCUGGGCCAGUGUUUCAGCUACAGCGUCCCCAACACUUUCCCACAGUCAACCGAAUCCCUGGUGCACUGUGACUCCUGCAUGCCUGCCGAGUCACAGUGGGAAGUGGUGACUCUGGAUUGCCCGGGCAGUAAAGAGUCUCCUCACGUGGAUAAGCUGGUGGAGAGGAUCUUCUUCUGCAGCUGCCAGCCCUGCAUUAAGGAGGGCGGCCAGGAGGGGGGGAUGAUGCAGCUGUAUCCAGCAGACAACGUGGUGGAAACUCCGUCUUUAUCCGACACCAUCAGCGGCGCUCAGGCUCGCCCUCUGCCCCCUCCAGACACACACUCUCAUAAGCAUGCUCACCCACACACAGAUCAUCACACACUACCACACACAUCAGACGGAGGUUAGGUGACGCUCUCUUUGUAGCUUUGCUCCUCUCUGCGGCCCUCUGUCCUCCACACCACAUCCUUUGUACCAUCUGUAGUAUUGUAAAGGCACUUUGAGAAUAUGGCUUACCUAUGUGUUAAAACCUCUCUCUCACACACAGACAUAAUUACACUCACACUUUCAUAAAGUAAUGCUCUCAGAUUUCACUCCAUUGUAUAUAAACUCGAACAAACACAUCAGUCCAUGCACUCUUUUUGUUUGCUGAUUUAACAUGUGUGCUUACAUGCGCUGUAGUCUGAAUACUUUUAAUCUGCUUUAAUACACUAUAUCUUAUUGUUGACA